CUGCAGCCGCUGCGAGAGCCGCCGCUGGAGGGUGGAGGCGGCCGGGCAGGGCGCGGCUUCGUUCGGCGCCGGCCUGCUUGGAGCGCUGCCAGAGCCCAGCAAUAGAAGCAAACCUCUUGCUGCUUCAGGAGUUCCUGAAAACCCUCCUAUGAAGAGCAGAUGGCAAACGUCACACCGGCAAAGCUGGACAACAUGGAAGUGCAGCCGCCGCCGCAGAACAACAACUUGCGGUGGGAGACCACAGACCAUCACCACAGGCCCUGGGACGAGACCACGGCUACCGCCAAGCUCUUUGAAUGCUCACGGAUCAAGGCACUGGCUGACGAGCGAGACGCCGUGCAGAAGAAAACCUUCACCAAGUGGGUGAAUUCGCACUUGGCCCUUGUCUCCUGCCGGAUCAGUGACCUGUACACAGACCUGCGGGAUGGCUGCAUACUGACGAAGCUGCUGGAGGUGCUCUCUGGAGAGCCGCUGCCCAAGCCAACCCGUGGCCGCAUGCGGAUACACUCCCUGGAGAAUGUGGACAAGGCCCUGCAGUUCCUGAAGGAGCAGAGAGUCCACCUGGAGAACGUGGGAUCCCACGAUAUUGUCGAUGGCAACCACCGCCUGACUCUGGGGCUCAUCUGGACGAUCAUCCUGAGAUUCCAGAUCCAGGUGAUCAAGAUAGAAACAGAAGACAACCGCGAGACCCGCUCAGCCAAGGACGCCCUGCUGCUCUGGUGCCAAAUGAAGACAGCUGGGUACCCGGAGGUCAAUAUUCAGAAUUUCACCACCAGCUGGAGAGACGGGUUGGCAUUUAAUGCCCUCAUCCACAAGCACAGGCCAGAUAUAAUUGAUUUCAAGAGACUCACCAAAUCAAAUGCUGCCUACAAUCUCCAGCAAGCCUUCAAUACGGCUGAGCAGCACUUGGGGCUGGCCAAACUGCUUGACCCAGAAGACGUGGUCAUGGAACACCCUGACGAGAAGUCCAUCCUCACUUACGUCGUCUCCUUCUACCACUACUUCUCCAAGAUGAAGGCUCUGGCGGUGGAGGGGAAACGGAUUGGCAAGGUCCUGGAUCAGGUCCUAGAGAUUGAAAAGAUCAUUGGACGGUAUGAGCUCCUGGCCAGCGAGCUCCUGGAGUGGAUCGAGUUCACCGUCAACCUCAUCAGCAACCAGAAGUUUGCCAACUCCCUGGCCGGUGUCCAGCAACAGCUGCAGUCCUUCACUGCCUUCUGCACCCUGGAGAAGCCUGUCCGGUUUCAAGAGAAAGGCAACCUGGAGGUGUUGCUCUUCUCCAUCCAGAGUAAGCUACGAGCCAACAACCGCAAGCUCUACGUCCCCCAAGAGGGAAGGAGCAUCUCUGACAUCAACAAGGCCUGGACCAGGCUGGAGAAGGCGGAGCAUGAGCGGGAGGCGGCCCUCCGCCACGAACUGAUUCGCCAGGAGAAGCUGGAGCGGCUGGCCCAGCGCUUCGACCACAAGGCUGCCAUGCGGGAGGCCUGGCUGAAUGAGAACCAGCGCCUGGUCUCCCAGGAUAACUUUGGCUACGAUCUGCCGGCGGUGGAGGCAGCCAUGAAGAAGCACGAGGCCAUUGAGGCUGACAUCUCGUCCUACCAGGAGCGCAUCCAGGUGGUGGUGGAGCUGGCCCAGGAGACAGAGUCCGAGGGCUACUACGACAGCAAGCGCAUCCGCGUCCAGAAGGACAACAUCCUGCGGCAGUGGGGGCUCCUGGGGGAACUGGUCUCUGCCCGCCGGGCCCGGCUGGAGCAGAACAUGGCCCUGCAGAAGAUCUUCCAGGAGAUGGUCUACAUGAUCGAUUGGAUGGAUGAAAUGCAGGCCCAGCUGGGCUCCAAGGAAUUCGGGAAGCAUCUGCUGGAAGUGGAGGACCUGCGGCAGAAGCACAGCCUGGUGGAGGCCGACAUCUCGGCCCAGAGCGAGCGGGUGCAGGCACUCAAUGCUGCUGCCCUCAAGUUCUCAGAGCUGGAAGGCUACCAGCCCUGUGACCCCCAGAUCAUCUGCAACCGGGUGAACCAUGUCCAGAGCUGUCUGGAGCAGCUGCAGGAGUUGGCCUCUAAACGGCACAAGGAGCUGGAAGCUUCCCGCCAGCUGUGGACCUUCUUCCAGGAGAUGGAGGAAGCUGAGGUCUGGGUGCGGGAGAAGGAGCGCAUCCUCUCCUCCUCCCAGAGCUAUGGGAAGGACCUGAGCAGCGUGGCCAAACUGCUAAGCAAGCACAACAUCUUCUUGGGGGAGUUGGGGGGCAGGCGCUCCUUGCUGCAGACAACCAUGAAGCGGGGAGAGGCCAUCCUGCUUCGGAAGCGCCUUGGCACCAGCAAUAUCCAGGAGAAGAUCCGGGAGGUGCGGCUGCACUGGAAGAAGCUGGAGGAGUUGGCCGCUUCCCACCUGCAGAAGCUGCAAGAGGCCCUGAGCUUCUACCAGUUCAGCGCUGACACGGACGACCUGGUGGCCUGGUUGCAGGAUGCCUACCGCCUGGUCUCCAGUGACGACUUCGGCCAUGACGAGUACUCCACCCAGUCGCUGGUCAAAAAGCACAAGGGGGUGGUGGAGGAGAUCGACAAGCACCGGGCAGCAGUCCUAGCCCUGCGCAAGCAGCUGGCUGCCCUGGCGCCUGAGUACCACGAGCUGGUGGAUGUGCAGAUCCGCAUCGUGGAGGUGGAGCAGCUGUACGGGGAGGUAGCCGAGGUGGCUGUGCUGCGGCGGCAGUGGCUGCAGGAUGCGCUGGCUGUCUACCGCAUGUUCAGUGAAGUCCAUGCCUGCGAGGUGUGGGUGGAUGAGAAGGAGCAGUGGCUGGAACGGAUGGAGGUGCCCCAGAGGCUGGAGGAUGUUGAGGUGGUGCAGCACAGGUUUGAAAGCCUCGACCAGGAAAUGAAUAGUCUCAUGGGUCGGAUCCUGGAUGUCAACCACGUUGUGCAGCAGCUGGUGGAGGGCGGCCACCCGAGUGCGGCUGAAGUGCGGGCCUGCCAGGACCACCUGAACAGCAGGUGGAAUCGCGUGGUGGAGCUGGUGGAGCAGAAGAAGGACCUCCUCAGCUCGAUCCUGAAGAUCCAGAACUACCUGCUGGAGUGCAACGAGAUCAAGUCCCAGAUCCGCGAGAAGCGGAAGGCCGUGGAGUCCACCCAGUAUACCAGCAGUGACCUGGGCAGCGUCCUCUCCCUCCAGCGCCGUCUCUCCACCAUGGAGGCCGCCCUGCUGGUCCUGGAGCCCCGGCUGGUGGAGCUGCAGCAAGAGGGGGAGCUCCUGGCCAACCGGCAUCCGGCACAGGCAAUGGAGAUCCUGGUGCACUUUGAGGAGAUCAGCGAGGAGUGGGAGGCCCUGAAGAGGACCCUGCAGGGCUGCGAGGACUCGCUCACGGUGGCCAGCAGGCUGCAGCAGUUCAUCCAGGACCUGGAUGGCUUCCUGACUUGGCUGGUGAAGACGCAGGCCGCUGUGGCUGCCGAGGAGCUGCCCCAGAGCCUGUCUCAGGCGGAACGGCUGCUGAACCAGCACGCCUCGCUUAAGGAGGAGAUCAACCGCUAUGAGGAGGACUAUGCCAAGAUCCAGGCGGUCAACGAGGUGCUGGCACUGGAGGAGGCAGACCUGCCCUACCUCUCCCUCCAGCAGUGGCUGCAGAAGCUUGACGUGGGCUGGAACAAGCUGCUGGAGAUGUGGGAGAACCGGCGGGAAGUCUUGGUCCAGGCUCACAUUUUCUUCCUCUUCCUGCGUGAUGCCAAGCAGGCUGAGGUCUGUCUGUACAACCAGGAGACCACCCUGGCCCACGGCAAGCUGCCCACAACAGUGGAAGCCGCAGAAACGGCCAUCAAGCAGCAGAAGGACUUCAUGACCACCAUGGAGCUUCACCUGCAGAAGACCACCACGGCUCUCAAGGCCGGAGAGAGCCUGGUCCGGCAAGGCAACAUCUAUGCUGACCGCGUGAAGGAGAAGAUGGCGUCCCUCCAGGCCAAGAGCCAGCGGAACCUGCAGAUGGCAGAGGCGUGGAUGCAGCAGCUGACUGCCCAACGGCACCUGCAGCGCUUCCUCCAGAACUGCCACGAGCUCGAUGGCUGGGUGGCCGAGAAGAAGAUGCUGAUGGCCGGCGAGGCGCCCCGCGACGAGAGCCCGCAGCAGCAGCAGCGAGCGCCCAAGCGCUGGCUCCGCCACCGGGCCUUCAUGGCCGAGCUGACCCAGAAUAAGGAGUGGCUGCGCAAGAUCGAGAAGGAGGGACAGCAACUGAUGGAAGAGAAGCCAGAGCUGGCCGAAACGGUGAAGCAGCAGCUGGGGGAGAUCCGGCAGUGCUGGGCCGAGCUGGAGUCUGCCACACAGGCCAAAGCGCAGCAGCUCCUGGAGGCCACGAAAGCCGACCACCUGGUACAGAACUAUGUGGAUCUCGACAGGAGGCUGCUCCGCAUGGAGAGCCAGCUGCAGGGGGUGGAGGCGGGGCCUGACCUGGCCAGUGUCAACAGCAACCUGAAGAAGCUCCAGGCCAUGGAGUCACAGGUGGAAGAAUGGUGUCAUGAAGUGGGGGAGCUGCAGGCGCAGGUGGCUGCUUUGCCCCUGGAAGCUGCCAGCAAAGAUGUGGUGGAUGAGAGGCAGAACGCUGUCGGAACUCGCAUUGUGCGCCUCAUUGAGCCCCUGAAGGAGCGCCGGAGGAUCCUGCUGGCCUCCAAGGAAGUGCGCCAAGUCAGCCAGGACUUGGAGGAUGAGAUUGCCUGGGUGCAAGACCGCCUCCCGCUAGCCCUGCUAGAAGACCAUGGGAGCAACCUGCAAGCCGUCCAGCAGUUCAUCAAGAAGAACCAGAACCUGUGUCGGGAGAUCCAGGUGCACAAACCCCGUGUGGAAGACGUGUUGGAGCGGGCCAGCACCAUCGCCACGAUCAAGAGUCCGGAGGUGGACUCAGUGCGGGUGCUCCUAGGAAAGCUGUCGGAGCUGUGGGUUGCCCUCCAGGAGGAGACAGAGCGGCGGCAGCAGCUUUUGGACGCCACCUACCAGGUGGAGCAAUACUACUUUGAUGUGGCCGAGGUGGAGACCUGGUUGAGCGAGCAGGAGCUCUUCAUGAUGAACGAAGAGAAGGGCAAGGAUGAACAAAGCACCCUGCAGCUGUUGAAGAAGCACCUGAUGAUGGAGCAGACAGUGGAGAACUAUGCAGAGACCAUUGCCCAGUUAUCACGGCAAUGCCGGGCAUUGCUGGAGCUGAGCCACCCCGACAGUGAACAGAUAAGCCGGCGGCAGUCUCAGGUCGACCGGCUCUAUGUCUCGCUGAAGGACCUCGUGGAGGAGUGGAAGGCCAGGCUGGAGCAGCAGUACUGGCUCUACCAGCUCAACCGGGAGGUAGAUGAACUGGAACACUGGAUUGCUGAGAGGGAAGUGGUGGCUGGCUCACCAGAGCUGGGGCAGGAUUAUGAGCACGUGACGCUGCUGCAGGAGAAAUUUACAGAAUUUGCCAGCGAGACAGGCAGCAUCGGCAAUGAGAGAAUCUCUGCCGUCAACCAGAUGGUGGAUGAGCUGAUUGACUACGGACAUGCGGAUGCAGCCACCAUUGCUGAGUGGAAGGAUGGCGUGAACGAGGCCUGGGCCGACCUCCUGGAGCUGAUGGAGACCCGGGCACAGCUGCUGGCUGCUUCUCAUGAGCUGCACAAGUUCUUCAAUGACUGCAAGGACGUGUUGUCCCAGAUCGAAGAGAAAAAGCAGCGCCUGCCGGAGGUCAAGGCUCGGGAGUCCAAGACCUCAGCCGGCACCUUGCAGCGGAUGCUCAACUCCUUUGAGCAUGAUGUGCAGGUUCUAGUGACGCAGGUGCGGCAGCUGCAGGAGGCUGCAGCCCAGCUGCGGACGGUGUAUGCGGGGGAGAAUGCUGAGGCCAUUGCUACCAAGGAGCAGGAAGUGAUGCGCUCCUGGAAGGAGCUGCUGAGCUCCUGUGAAGACUGCCGGCUGCAGGUCAGCACGACCACCGACAAGCUCCGCUUCACCUGCAUGGUGAGGGACCUCAUCUCCUGGAUGGACACCAUCAUUUGCCAGAUCGGCACUAGUGAGAAGCCCAGGGACGUGUCCUCGGUGGAGGUGCUGAUGAACUACCACCAGGGCCUGAAGAGUGAGAUUGAGACUCACAACAGGAACAUCGUGGCCUGUGCAGAGCUGGGCAAGGCCUUGGUGCUGAACAAGAGCCCUGCCUCCGAGGAGAUCAAGCUUCACCUGGAGAAGCUGAUGACCAAGAAGAAAGAGAUGAUUGACAAGUGGGACCGGCAAUGGGAGUGGCUGCAGCAGAUGCUGGAGGUCCACCAGUUUGCUCAGGAGGCUGUUGUAGCUGACGCCUGGCUCACUGCCCAGGAGCCGCUGCUGAAGAGUCGGGAGCUGGGGAACAGCGUGGACGAGGUGGAGCAGCUCAUCCGGCGCCAUGAGGCCUUCCGCAAAGCUGCUGCUGCUUGGGAGGAGCGCUUCAGCUCCCUGCGGCGCCUCACCACGAUAGAGAAGCUGAAGGCAGAACAGAGCAAGCAGCCGCCCACGCCCCUGCUGGGCCGUAAGAUCUUUGCAGACCCCACGGAGCUGAGCACCAAGCGGCAAUUGCUGCAUGAGAAGGACCCCCUACGAGGCCGUCUGGAAGCCCAGCCACUCCUCAACGGAGCCAAGCCCGAGGCCCAGGAGCAGGUGGAGGCCAGGGUUGUUUAUGUGCGCCAGGAGCUGAAGCCGGAGCGGCUGCAGCCCAGGAUGGACCGCUUGCAAGAAGGGCUGGGGGCAUCUGCAGAGUCCAAAGACCUGGAGAAAGUGGGCCAUGGCCGAGCAGCUGCAGAGGAGGCGGCCAAGUCGGAGAGGCCCUCCUCUGUUGCUCGGGCCCUUGCUGAGCAGGCUGAAGCCAAGGCAAGCAGGGCAGAGGUGCAGCCCGAGAGGCAGCGAGAGCGGCGCCGGCUGGAGCGGCAGCAGUCCACUGAGCAGGAUGGGACCCGGCCCGAACAGACGGAGCGCCGGAGGGAAAGGCGAGAGCGGAGGCUGGAGAGGCAAGAGUCCAGCGAGCAGGAGACGCCUCGCCGGGAGAGACCAGAACAGCGGCUGGAGCGGCAGGGGUCCAGUGAGCAGGAGGCCCCUCGCAAUGACCCCAGAGGAGGAGGCGGCAAGGCAACGCUCGCAGACAUUGUGGAACAGCUUCAGGAGAAAGAGUCGACAGUGCCAGCAGCACCAACCCCUCGUGAAAAGGAGUCCCCUGCCCGCUUGCCCAAUGGCCUCGACAUGCUACCUGACAGGACGCCCCGCCCUGACCGACCCCGUGCCCGGGACAGGCCCAAGCCCCGCCGAAGGCCCCGGCCCAAGGACCCCAAUGCCCCUCCAGGGGAGGCACGCCGGUCACGCUCUGCCCCUGCCCAGAGCAGCGCUCCACCCCCACCGCCCCCUACGCACACCGUCCAGCAAGAAGGCUACCUUCUGCGCAAGCAUGAACUGGAAGGGCCGAACAAGAAGGCCUCCAACAGGUCCUGGAUCAAUUUGUACUGCGUGCUCAGCAAGGGGGAGAUUGGCUUCUACAAAGACUCAAAGGGGCGCGACUCGGGGAGCACUCAUGGCAACGAGCCCCUCCUCAGCUUGCACAGUGCCACCAGCGAGGUGGCCAACGACUACAAGAAGAAGAAGAACGUUCUCAAGAUCAAGACACAGGAGGGGGGAGAAUUCCUCCUGCAAGCCAAGGAAGAGGAGGAGAUGAAGGCCUGGCUGACAUCCCUUUCCGCAGCUAUUUCAGAGCACGCCGAGAUUGCCCGAUGGAACCAGGCCCUCCUCACAACCUCCUCGACUGAUGAAGGCAACCCCAAGCGAGAUGCUGACCGCAGGGCCAGCACCUCAGGGCGGAAGAAGUGAAGCUGCCCUGCAGGCCCGGGAGACCAUGAGGACUGCCAUGUUCAAACCAGCAGCUCUGUGCCUGUGGCCUCCCCCAUCAGAAGGCCACGUUUGCCAGACUUUGGGCUGCAACAGGAGGGCUUGGGGGGAGCAUCAAGCAAGACCUGGUGCCAGAGCCAUCCAGCGAGAGAGAGGGGCAGGUGCUGGCCUGAGGAACCAGGCAUGGCCACUCCCUGGACCAGCCUGGGUGUGAGGAGACAGCCUGCUCCCAAGGUCCCAGGGGGCACCUCCUGCCUCUGCUGCACCUGCCAGGGGCUCCAGAGGAUCCGAGCUGACUCACAGGACCCUUGAAGCAUGCAGAGGGGCCGCUUUCCCUUGCAGAAGGCCAGGGAAAAAAAACAGGCACUCAAAUGCAGUCAGGUUUCCUGGUACAGCAUCCCAUAUCUGCCCUGGCAGCUGACUCCAAGGCUCCUGGGUGUCUUGCAUUCUUCCAGUGUGGCAACGUAUCCGAAGACCGACCCUUCACUCCCCUUGUAAAAGAGUGGCAGGUCUGGAGGAGGGCCUGCGAAAUCACGGCUCCCCCAUUCCAGGGGCCUCCAGUGCUUGGGGGGGGGGAGGCAGCUGAGGUCAGGGCUUUCUUCUGUUUUGGGGGGAAUGCUGAGAAGAGUGAGUAGUAUUCCCUCCCUCUGCCUUCCCACCUCAUGUCUUCCUCUUAGCCAUGGGCCCCCCAACCAGGGGCACUGCCUUGGGUACAAAACACACCCAGACUAGAGUGGAGACUGGGAGUCUAGCUCAGGCACCACUGUGGCACCUUCUGUGUGUACACACACACACCCAUCUAUAUCUGUCAACAUUCAAUUCAUCGGGAUUCUUCUUGACAGGAUUCAUUGCUUUAAGACUAAAGGGGUGCGUCCGCAACACAAUUAUGCCAAAAGGAGGGGAGUGUGUGUGUGUGUGGGGUGAGCUUCCCUUCCUCCAUGCUUUUGUGUAGUUCAGUGGCCCCUUGAACUUUGCAGCUGUACAUCUUCCCACUUCCAAGGUCCCCCCCCCGCCCACUGCUCUCCCUGCAGUGCAGUGCUGGAAGGACAUCUGGGUGGAUCGUCUGCUUUGAGGGGGAACUGGGAGAGGGUGAGCAGCAGUCAUUCCUCCGGAAGAGACUUUCGACUCCCAGCUGAGAGAGGGAGAAACACACAAGAGAUCAAGCCUCUUUCUUUGCAGGCCUGGGGGCAGUAGCAGACGUGGGCCUUCUGCUGCUUCCACCGCAAGGCGGGAGGGAGGCACUGGGCAACUUUCUGGUUUCCCAGGUGCCAGGCUGGGGCAACAUGCAGACUUUCAGAGCACAAGGUAGCAGCACAAACGAAUGGAGAGUUGGGGACAGCUCCACGCCCCCCCCCCCAAGUUAACAAGCCAUAUCCUUAUCACCACUUCUGCUCCUUGGGCCAGGGGACCCAGCAAAGCAAGGGUGCAAGUUGUGGGGCACAGAGAUGUAUUUUUAUGCAAUAAACUGGCAAGUGAGCAGCAUAUGAGGGCAGGUAAGGCCAAGUAGGGAACUGCACCUGGACCAGGGAGGCACAGACCCCAGUUCCAAAGCUCUUGGACCCCAGUUCCACAGCCAAGAGGCUGUGGAUGGGAAAUUGGUCCAGAGCCACACGGAGGCCCCAGUUGCCUCCCAUUUGCGACUCUGGACUUUUCUGGCCUUUGGGGAACAGGAGCCAUGUCAGGACACGGAUGCCAUGCGCGGUUCAGAUGAGAGCUUGCUUUUAACUCGGAGCCUGGAUCUCUCAGACUCUGUUGGAUCCCCAGAAGACUUUGGACUUAUUUCCCCCACCCACCCACCCACUCUGGGACAGCUGUGGAGAUGGACGUGGGGGCAGCAUGAGAGGCACAAAUCCAGAUAGCCCGGGGUGGGGGGCAGCAUCUUCACUGUUUCUUGUCUUAUGCAUCAAAGGAGACCCUUAGUGCCCCACUUCUUGCAGGCAUUGCCCUCUGUUAAGUCACGGCACAAUCCUUUUCAAUAUGGCCUUUUGCAGGCAGCGAUGAGGAUAGCUGGUGAUGUUAGAAAUGCACCAUGUGCAACAAAGCCACUGAACCUCACGCUGGAACUGCAGUCUCUAGCUGAACCAGACCUCCCUCAGCCCCCUUUCCUCACUGCAUGUGGGUGCAUUUAUACAAACACGAACAAUUAAAGAUUUGCAGCAAUUUCUAACCACAGGGAUUCAAAAAAUUAAACUUACCCUUUUUCUCCAAAGAAAGGCAGUCCUGGAACAAUCCUGCCACUGUAAGGGAGUGCUGAUAUCCCUGCAGCUCAGCUGACUCUCCGAGCUUCCCUCAGUGCCGAUAUUUGACCUUCACUCGCUGCCAUCCAUCCACAUGGAAAAAUUCCAGCAGCAUGCUUGGUCAACGGGGUUAAUGCACUAGCUAAGGCCUGGUGGAGCUCAGCUGCAUCACUGAUCAUCUGAACAGACAAUUCAAGGGCAGAUGUUGCCAGUGGUGUAACUUGGCCAGGAUAGGCCUGCCCCAGCCUUGUUCCAAAUGUAGUUUCUACAGUGCCCGUCUUGGGAGUCAGGGCAGGUUCAUCUGUUGAUGCUUCCGUGACCCUUUCCACCUUCCUUGAUUAUUCAGAAGUGUGUAAAAUAUUGU